UUAAGCAGAAAACCGAUCACAUACCAUGUUUAUUAGUAAAUAAGGACAAAACUGAUAUUGUCGAAUCUUCAAAAGCUAGACGUAAUUUAGUAAAAAAAAAUGUAAAAUUAAAAUUAAAUUUGCAUAUAUAUCAUAUAUGGUAAAGGCAGGUACGGCUCUCAAAGUUUUCUAUUCUAAAAUGCUACACGUGAUGUGUGCAGUCCAUGGUUUGUACAGAGUAGCAGAACAGGUUAGAUCUCAUUUCAGUACAGUGGAUAAGUUAAUAGCAAGUGUUAAACCAGUAUUUAAAAAAGCUCCAAGUCGGUUACAAUUAUUUAAAAAUGAACUUCCUGGUGUAAACUUGCCGCCAGAACCAGUUAUUACACGUUGGGGAACCUGGAUUAAUGCAGGUAGCUAUUAUUGUGAGAAUAUACAAGCUGUUCGUCAUAUUAUUGGAAUACUCGACCAAGAAGAUGCGAUUAGUAUUCAAAAAGCAAAAAAAUGUUUAGACAAACCUAAUCUUGAAAAUAACUUGGCAUACAUUGAAUCAAAUUUUUCUAUUUUAUCUGUAGCCAUUGAUAAAUUGCAAGCAAAAAAUCUGUCCUUAGCCACAUCAUUAAAUAUUAUUGAAAAUAUCGAAGAAACAUUGAAAACACUAAAUGGUGAACAUGGUAAACCUAUAUAUCUCAAAUUAAAAAACAUUUUAGAAAAAAAUAGUGGUUUGUCUAAAUUAAAAUAUAUUUCAAAUAUCUUGGAUGGCGAAGAAAAUACAAAUAUUGGUGAAUUUACAUGUAGCGAUAUUGUAUAUUUCAAAUACGCACCAAUUGUAUCAGUGGACGUCGAAUGUUCAUUUUCGACGUACAAGACUUUGUUGUCAGACAACCGCCGUAAAUUCAAAUUCGAUAAUCUGGCCAAGCAUUUAAUAAUUCAAUGUAAUACUCAAGGUAAACAUUUUAAAUCGCUUACUUUUUAUUUAAAAUUUUUGAAAAUAAUUUAUUGGGAAAUAUUUUUUACAGCCCUUCAGGAUUCUGACCAGAGUGACUAAACUACGUAUAACUAAUAAUUUCUAAUAUGUAAGUGAUUAUUGAUAAAUUAAUAAAUUUCCCUUUUUUUUCAUAUUUUGUUGUUUUUAUUGCAUAUUUUUAACGCAUAUUUAGCGAUAGUUAAGGUCAUAUUAUAGCGUAUAUUUAAGCAAUUUUAAGUGCUAUAAAAUCCCAACCCUGCUAAUGACCUACCAUCUGUCACUAUUACCCCUGGCUCAACCAUUUAUUCUAAAACCUCCAUUGCUACUAAUAUUGAUAUUUUGAGUCCAGUGAAAAAAGGUAAACGAAAAAGAAAUGAAGCCAGUUGGAAAAGGAACAUUUCAAAGAUAGCUAGAAAUAGUGGGAAAAAGUACGAAAGUCAUUCAAAAAAACCCAGAAAAACGAGUAAAAGAAGCAAGAAAAAUUAAAUCACCUUGUACAGAUAAAUUCCGAUUAAAGUGCACUGAAAAAAUAAAUGAAGAUGAAAAGGUGUUUUUAAUGCGUACUGCAGGACCGGAUUAAGCACGGAUCCUGGUAGCCCGGGCUCCAGGCCCUGAAGGAGCCUUUUAUUUCAGGCCAAGUUCAAAAUAAUUUAGGUUUAAAUUUUAUUUUGAUAAAAUUUUCGUAU